UGUUGAUAAGAGUUAUAAUAUUAGUAAAUACGUUAUUACAUUUGGAUUUAUAUAAAUUUAGUGCUAUGAAAUUUAAUAAUAAAAAUUAAUUUCUUAUCCUUUCAACUGAUUAAUGUACUUUCCUACGACUCUGCAUUCGUAUUUUGUUUUUUUUUUAUAAUUUAUGUCCGAUGAAAGCGUUUCGCAAAUUGUCUGCUGCUAUGACAAACCAAAUCACAAAGUUGUGUUACUAAACCUCUAAAUAUAUGUGUGAAAUUAUAUUCUGAAUAUAUUCAAACUUAUAAGUUAUUAUGGAAAAAGCUAUGCAAUUUGAUGUAAUUGCUACUUGUAGUACAACAAAAGCACGUACAAGUCUUAUGAAAUUACCACAUUAUACUGUAGAAACACCAAUUUUUAUGCCAGUUGGUACCAAGGGGUCAAUUAAAUCUGUUUUACUAGAACAGUUAGAAGAUAUAAAUUGUCAAAUUAUUUUAGGAAAUACCUAUCAUUUAGGAUUACGUCCUGGAGUUGAGUUAUUGAAAAAAGCCAAAGGACUUCAUAAUUUUAUGGGUUGGAAUCGUGCUUUACUUACAGAUUCAGGAGGCUUUCAAAUGGUUUCAUUAUUACAUAUGGCCGAGAUUAAUGAACAGGGUGUUAAUUUUAAAUCGCCCUAUGAUGGCACUAAAAGCUUAUUAACUCCAGAGAAAUCUAUUCAAAUACAAAAUGCAAUUGGUGCUGAUAUUAUAAUGCAGUUGGAUGAUGUUGUACCAACUACUUCAAAAGAUGAUGCAAGAAUGGAAGAAGCUACAUAUAGAACAUCACGUUGGUUAGAUCGCUGUCUAAGUGCUCAUGAAUAUCCUGAAAAACAGAAUAUAUUUCCAAUUGUUCAAGGAGGUCUUAUAGAUAAUUUAAGGAAACUUAGUGGCAAUUUACAUUUACAAAGAAAAGUAAAUGGUUAUGCUAUUGGUGGUCUCAGUGGUGGAGAAGCUAAAGAUGACUUCUGGAAAAUGGUUUCGUUAUCUUCUCAGUUAUUACCAUGUAAUAAGCCCAAGUAUGUCAUGGGAGUUGGAUUUGCAGUAGAUUUAGUAAUUUGUUGUGCCUUAGGAGCUGACAUGUUUGACUGUGUUUUUCCAACUAGAACGGCACGAUUUGGUUGUGCAUUAACUCCACAUGGUCAGAUUAAUUUAAAAAAUAAUAAAUACAAAAUGGAUUUUGAGCCUAUUGAAAAAAAUUGUAUUUGUUCAACGUGCAAAACCUAUACUAGAGCAUAUUUGCAUCAGAUUGUCAGUACAGAAUCAGUUUCUUGUAAUUUAUUGUCAGUGCAUAAUCUCACUUAUCAAAUGCAGUUAAUGAAAUCCAUUCGAGAUAGUAUUAAAGAAAAUAAAUUUCCAAAAUUUGUACAGAAAUUCAUGUUAAAUAUGUAUCCAAAUAAAAACUAUCCAAAAUGGUGUAUUGAUGCAUUAAAAACUGUAAGUAUAGAACUGGAAUAAACAUUUUUAAAAAGUGUUAUU